AUGAAAAGCGAAUAAGCAUUACACUUGUUUUGUUGUGACAAAAAAUAAUUCAAUACUCAACAAACCUGUAAUAACACUGCCAGAAUUGGAUCAAAUAAUAGAAGAACUUCAAUAACAUUAAAAGACUUGAGUAGUGGAAAAAAGGACUUAAAAUUGCUAAUAAAAAAUUAAAUGACAAACCCAAAAGGAUUUAUAUAAAAUUGUAAGAGUUCUAAGACUUUAAUCAAAUAAAAAAGUAUAUUCAAUUCUUUAUUUAGGUGAUGAACAUUUAAAAAUAACACAACCAAUAGUUUAAAGAAAAUCUGUCAAAGAAAUAGAUGGUUAAUAAAAUCUCAAAGAAGGUGAUACUUAUAAGUCCAUAUCACCUAAAGUUGUGAUUAGUAAUGAUAAAAUCAAUGUUUAUUUUGUAAAAGAGGUCAGUAAAUACCACAUAAAUAAUGAAAAAAAAUAACGAAAAGAGGAAACAAUAAGUACUGAAAAUACUCUAAUUCUAUAAGAAAUUUAAUAGUAAAGAGUAUAUCUAAAAACAUCUCAAUAAUAAACUACAACAUAAGUAAAUAAGUAAGUCUUCUCAAACAUACCCAAAAGUAUGUUAAGUAAUCAUAAAAGUUUUAUAAAUUAAUCAACCAAAAAAAUAUAGGACAUUAAAAUUCACAAAUGA